CCCCGCCCGGCUGCGUGGGGCUUUAAGGCGAUGCCCACCUCGCUACAACACCGCAGUCCCUGGUGCUCUGCUGCUCGACCUACAACAUGAAGGUCGUCUUCAUUCUGGCAGCGGCAGCGAUGUCGCUGUCCAGUGCUGACGGACUGCCUCUCCUGUUCCCUGGGUCCUUCGACCUGCCCGACUUCACGCAGAACCAAAUAUGCAAACUUAGAGAAUUCAGGGAAAAUAACUUUCAACUUUCAGACGAUAACCUUCUUUCCACAAUUCUCAGGAACUUCGACAGGGUACUCGACACACUGGAGUCGUCCUUGCAGGACGUGAUAAACUUUGUACUGGACAGAGACCCGCAAUUAGGAGCACUUUGUGCCCAAACAUCAUCUGUGGCUUCUGCAACCACAACAGAAUUUUCUACAGGCACCAUUGACAAUAAUGAUGGUUCUACAAAUACAACAACCGAAAGUAAUGAUUCUACAAACACCACAACAGAGAGUAAUAAUUCUACAAACAGCACCACAGAAAGUAAUGAGUCUUCAAACACCAUGACAGAAAGUGAUGAUUCUACAAACACCACAACAGAAAGUAAUGAUUCUACAAACAGCACCACAGAAAUUAAUGAGUCUUCAAACACCACGACAGAAAGUGAUGGUUCUACGAACACUACAACAGAAAGUAAUGAUCCUACAAACACCACAACAGAGAGUAAUGAUUCUACAAACAGCACCACAGAAAGUAAUGAGUCUUCAAACACCACGACAGAAAGUGAUGGUUCUACGAACACUACAACAGAAAGUAAUGUUUCUACAAACACCACAACAGAAAGUAAUGAUUCUACAAACACCACAACAGAAAGUAAUGAUUCUACAAACACCACAACAGAAAGUAAUGAUUCUACAAACAGCAUCACAGAAAGUAAUGAGUCUUCAAACACCAUGACAGAAAGUGAUGAUUCUACAAACACCACAACAGAAAGUAAUGAUUCUACAAACAGCACCACAUAAAUUAAUGAGUCUUCAAACACCACGACAGAAAGUGAUGAUUCUACAAACACUACAACAGAAAUUAAUGAUUCUACAAACACCACCAUAGAAAGUAAUGUUCCUUCAAACAUCACAACAGAAACUAAUGACUCUACAAACACAACCCCAGAAAGCAAUGAUUCUUCAAAUACCACUACAGAAAGUAAUGAGUCUACAAACACUACCAUAUAAAUAAAUGAGUCUGCAAACAUCACAACAGAUAGUAGUGAUUCUACAAAAAUCGCAACAUAAACCUAUGAUUCUACAAACACCACCACAGAAAGUAAUGAUCCUACAAACUCCACAACAGAAAGUCAUGAGUAUACAAACAUCACUUCUAAAUGUAAAGAUUCUACAAACCCCAAAACAGAAAGUAAUGUUUCUACAAACCCCUACAACGGAAAAUAAUGUGUCUACAAACACUACAACAGAAAGAAAUGACUCAACAAACAUCACAACAGUAAGUAAUGAUUUUAAAAUUAUCACAACAUAAAGUAGUGAUUCUAUAAAUACCACAACGGUAAUUAAUGAUCCCACAAUCAUUAUAACAUGAUUCUACAAACACCGCAAUAGAAAGUCCUGAUUCCACACACACCACUACUUAAAGCAAUAAUUAUUCAGCCACCAUGACGAGCAUAAUGUCUCAUGGUGUCUCUGUGCACGACGAGAAGACUGCGCGCUUAGAGGCGACACCGCGCUAGCAGCACCAGCUAUUCCCGCCUCAAUGACACACGCCCCUGAGUAGGUGGGCCCCUUAGGCCGUCUCAUUGGUCUGUACUCUUGGAGGUGACACAUGUGCCCAGUGACUGCGCUUGUGCGCCUCUUCCCAGCGCUCUCGUUUCUCAUGUUGUCUCAAUAAUGUGUCGGCUGCCGCCGUGUGAAUUUUUGUUUGUUUAUAUUUCUUUAUAGUUCUUCCGUUAAAAUUGUAAUGACUGCUGGUACCAAAUUUGUAAUGUUUGCCUAUAAUAGAGAAAUAAUUUUUUUUAAUUACGGGUGAAUUCUUAUAUAAUUUAUGAUGGUAAUUUUACUAGAAUAAAGCAGCCUUACAUAUGUACUAUCCACCUCAAUCGUAAUAAAAAUAAUACUAAAACUAAUAAAUUAUAACAACAUAAGUGUUUCCAUCUAUUCGUUGCGAUAUAUUUAGAAACUUCUUUUUCAAAGAAAAUGACAACCAACAACAUAAAAAUUCUGAAAAGGUAAAAUAAUUAUUUAUUAUAUUCGUUAAUUUUGAAAUUUUUGUUAAGUAUUGAAAACCUAUGUUGCACCCGAACUACAUGCUAAUAAUUUGAUAUUUUACUAUAUUAUAUAAUAAUAUAUAAAAAGCUGUGAAAUUAUUUUUACAUAUGUAUACAUAUAUAUAAGUAAUAGUAUUUCUAAUAAGCGUCUUCAGAAACAAGAUGAAAUAGUUAUUAAAAUAUUAAUCUUGGUGACGUAGUCUUUUGUAGGCAUUAGGUGACAUAACGGCCGGAUGAAGAACAUAUAACUAAUAGCUCAUAAUAGAAAGUGCGGACUAGCUGAAGAUGAGACAUUUCCUUGACUGGUUCAAGUCCGUACACUCGUGUACAGCCAACGGGUGAAACCAUAUUCCCCGAGCUGAGGACCAAGUUUCAGCGAGACAUCGAGACUGGAAGCUCCAGACACACAAAUUAAGUAAAUAAAAUACUAAGGCCAACAAAAAAUAUAUAUUAUUCUCUCAUUUUUUCUCUCUCUCAUGAGAGAGAGAGAACAGAGGACGAAGAAACGUCAUCCAGAAAUUUUGUUCAUUUUGAAGCACCAAAUAUUCACUACAGUUACGGUGAGAUAUUUCACAAAAACUUCAGAAGUGAAUAUCACGAUGAAUAACAUCCAUCACUGACCGGAGCCAUCUUGAAGAAUGGCUUGGACAACGGAACAAAGAAACAGUUGAGCAUCGGUAGCUUACAGGACUGCCACCAGGUCACCAAAUAAUUGCUCCAGGAAAGAAAAAAAGGGUCCAGAGCACAGACUUUUUAUAGCAAAUCAACUAAAGUGUUUGCUAUUUUGCCAAACCAUAUUCUUGUACCAGAAUUUAAGACUACUGGGAUAAUCAUGUAAUGGUUUUUAAUUAAAAUAAUACAGGGUUUCAUGUAUUAAACGUUCAUUUUAAAUGAAAUCAUUUGUUUACUUUAUCGAAGUUAAUUGACGCUGUUUGUCCUCCAUAUCCGAAAGACAUAUUUCUCCUUGUUUCAACUUCUACAAACACGUUACGCCUACGGGAUUGUAGUGUAGAUUGGGGCUGAACAAACUAACCGCACGCAGUAGUGAGACAUGUGUUUUCUGCUCAACUGUGUUCCUGCUUUAUUGAAUAUAUAUUUCGCGCAUAUUUCUGAAUUAAUGAAUAAGCAAUGGAGCGUGGAUUAUC